AUGAGUCUUCCUGGCCCUAGUGAUGGUAAAUUCUUUGGAAAACAACUGCGCUUACCAUACAACAAGGAGGCAUCCUCUUCGGGUUGUAAACGUUCCCAUAGCACUUUAGAUUGGUGGAGAAUCCUCGCCAUCCCGCCCAGUCCUGGCGGGAUAGAGCUAUCCGUUGCUUACUCCCACGAUUGA